CCCUUUCUCCUUUCCCUCUCCACUCUGCUCCAUUCUAUUCCCCGAAACCAACCCAAACCACCCCACCCCACCACCACCGCCUCCGCUCGCCGCCGGCGCCAUGACCGGCGCGGCGGCCCACGCGGUGGAGCCCCGUGGAGGCGCCUCCGCACCCCAUCCCCCCGCCGCAGCGACCGCGGCCGCGGCGGCCAAGGGGGCGGGGGGAGCGGGCGGGCGCGAGCCGGCGCGGAAGGCGGCGCCCGUGACCAUGGAGCACGUCCUGCUCGCGCUCCACGAGACGGAGGCCGAGCGGGAGGCGCGGAUCCGGGACAUGUUCGCCUUCUUCGACGCCGCGGGGCGCGGGCAGCUCGACUACGCGCAGAUCGAGGCGGGUCUCGCCGCGCUGCAGGUGCCCGCCGAGUGCAAGUACGCCCGCGAGCUGCUCCGCGCCUGCGACCGCGACCGCGACGGCCGCGUCGGCUACGACGACUUCCGGCGCUACAUGGACGACAAGGAGCUCGAGCUCUACCGCAUCUUCCAGGCCAUCGACGUCGAGCACAACGGCUGCAUCCUUCCCGAGGAGCUCUGGGACGCGCUCGUCAAGGCUGGUAUAGAGAUUAAUGAUGAGGAGCUGUCAAGAUUUGUUGAGCAUGUGGACAAAGACAACAAUGGGAUUAUUACUUUUGAAGAAUGGAGAGACUUUCUUUUGCUUUACCCUAAUGAGGCAACCAUAGAGAACAUUUAUCAGCACUGGGAAAGAGUCUGCCUUGUUGAUAUAGGUGAACAGGCUGCUAUACCAGAAGGCAUAAGUAAGCAUGUCAAUGCAAGCAAAUAUCUGAUUGCUGGAGGGAUUGCUGGUGCAGCAUCACGUACUGCAACUGCACCUCUGGAUCGCCUUAAAGUGAUUAUGCAAGUACAAACAACGCGUACUACAGUCAUGCAUGCAAUUAAAGAUAUUUGGGCUAAGGGUGGUAUGCUGGGAUUUUUUAGAGGGAAUGGAUUGAAUGUUGUAAAGGUUGCUCCAGAAAGUGCAAUAAGAUUUUAUGCCUAUGAAAUGUUAAAAGAAUAUAUUAUGAAGAGCAAAGGAGAAAAUAAGAGUGAAGUUGGUGCUUCUGAACGUCUGGUUGCCGGUGGUUUAGCUGGUGCAGUGGCCCAAACAGCAAUUUAUCCUAUAGAUUUAGUAAAGACACGUCUACAGACUUAUUCAUGUGAGGGUGGUAAAGUUCCUAGAAUUGGUGCACUGUCAAGGGAUAUUUGGAUGCAUGAAGGUCCUCGGGCAUUUUAUAGAGGUCUUGUUCCAUCAUUGCUUGGUAUUGUACCUUAUGCCGGAAUUGAUCUUGCUGUAUAUGAGACUCUGAAAGAUGUGUCAAAGACAUAUAUACUGAAGGACAGUGAUCCUGGUCCUCUAGUACAAUUGGGCUGCGGAACUGUCUCUGGAGCUCUAGGAGCAACAUGUGUUUACCCUUUACAGGUUAUCAGAACAAGACUGCAAGCACAACAAGCUAAUUCAGAAGCUGCCUAUAGAGGAAUGUCUGAUGUCUUCUGGAGAACCCUACAACAUGAGGGUAUUUCUGGUUUCUACAAAGGAAUUCUGCCAAAUCUCCUUAAAGUGGUGCCUGCUGCAAGUAUUACAUAUCUAGUGUAUGAGGCGAUGAAGAAAAAUCUCUCUCUUGAUUAAAUUCAGGAGUUCUGCAAAAAUCAGCCAUUAUUAUUGACAUGGCUGACUGUAGAGAUAAUGACGACACAUGGUUCAAUAGUUCCUUCUUGAAGUCAAAGAUGGUGCCUUUCAGUAUAGAACUGGAAGCUUGGUGGCAUUUUCCUCCUAAUUUUGGUUCAGCAGAGAUGAAGUGAUAAUCAUGAGAUAUUGAUGCACCUUGCCUAGCAUACUGUUAAAUGGCACCAUUGGCACCAAGUUAGCUGCCCAUUGCGAAUUCCCAAAGGCUUAUUUUGCCCCGUGUCUGGGGUGAGUUUUGUUAGAGAAACUGUAACACACAGGGAAAACUCUCUCCUAACUUAAUUUACAAUUCCUUGUGCUCCUGAACUUCGCCGGAGCUGUGACCUUCACUGACCUUGAAAUUGCCCUGCAGAAAGGGUGCAGGUUAUACAUGUAUGUAUUUUCCACGGCGACUUGGCAUAAGUCGAUGCCUUUAUGUAAUAAUCCGCCCUUGUCUCCAACAUAGCUUCCUUAAUCC